UAAUCCCGUGAUCCCCUGUCAUAAGUUUUCCCCCCUCAUUUCGUUUUAAGGGAUGGGUUUCUUGUUAAAAAGUCAUUUAUCUUGCAGCCUGCGUAGAAAUAGCCUGAGAGGUGAAUGAGAAUUUCUGAGAGGCUUAUGGCGAAGGCAAACCUUGGGUUUUAGCUGGCUUAGAGUAAGUCUCAUGACUUUCCCCAUCAUUUCAUAGCAUCCAUGUUUUUGAAUCCAGGGACUAUGGAUAAAAACACAUUUUUGCACAAGAGGAAGAAAAGGAAAGAAGUUUUAUUUUACAUCGCUUUAGUGCUACUUCUCAUAUACAGUGCGGUCCACUUAAUAUUCAAAGUUGCAGCAUCUUCUCAAGAGCUUAGUUUUCCGAGAAGUCGCCGGGAUUUGGAAAAUGAAACACAAUGCGUACAACCCCAAUCUUCGGAAUUUCCAGAAGGGUUCUUCACUGAACAGGAAAGGAAGGACGGCGGGAUUAUUAUAUAUUUUAUAAUUAUUUUUUACAUGUUUCUGGCAGUAUCGAUCGUGUGCGAUGAUUACUUCCUGCCGUCUCUCGAGCUUAUCAGUGAACGUCUCGGGCUUUCUCAAGACGUCGCAGGUGCAACUUUUAUGGCUGCGGGGAGCUCAGCACCAGAGCUAGUCACCGCAUUUUUAGGAGUGUUUGUCACAAAGGGAGACAUUGGGAUCAGCACUAUAGUGGGUUCUGCGGUCUACAACCUUCUUGGCAUUUGUGCAGCCUGCGGUCUCCUCACCUCUGUGGUUGGACGGCUUACCUGCUGGCCUUUGUUCCGAGACUGCAUUGCAUAUGCGAUAAGCGUCGCGGCUGUGAUUGCCAUUAUCUCCGAUAACAAGGUGUACUGGUACGACGCGGCGUGCCUGCUGCUGGUGUACGGGGUGUACAUCAUCGUGCUGUGCUUCGACCUCCGCAUCAACGGCUACAUGAUGCGCAAGUUCAGCCCCUGCUGCGGCUGUCUGACCAAGGCCAUGGAGGAGAGCGGCGAGCACCAGCCCCUGAUCGGCUGGAACGAGCAGAGCAGCCUGCUGACGCACCAGCGCUCGCGGACCGACAGCGGCAUCUUCCAGGACGACUCGGGCUACUCGCACCUCUCCCUCAGCCUGCACGGGCUCAACGAGAUCGCCGAGGCGGAUCACCGCAGCGUCUUUGCCAUGCCAGAGAAUGACCUGAAGAGAAUCUUGUGGGUGCUGUCACUGCCAACCAUCCUGCUGCUGUACCUGACCGUGCCAGACUGCCGGAGAAGGUUCUGGAAGCGCUGCUUUAUGCUGACAUUCCUUAUGUCCGCACUGUGGAUCUCAGCCUUCACCUACAUACUGGUGUGGAUGGUCACUGUAGUGGGAGUAACCCUGGGGGUUCCAGACACGGUGAUGGGUCUCACGCUCUUGGCAGCAGGUACGAGUAUCCCUGACACGGUGGCCAGUGUGAUGGUGGCCAGAGAAGGCAAGGCGAACAUGGCCAUGUCCAACAUAGUGGGGUCCAACGUGUUCGACAUGCUGUGCCUGGGGCUCCCCUGGUUCAUAAAGACGGUGUUCGUGGACACGUCCUCUCCCGUGGAGGUGAACAGCACGGGGCUGAUCUACACCGCCUGCACCCUCCUGCUCUCCAUCGUCUUCCUCUUCGUGGCCGUGCACCUGAACGGCUGGAGGCUGGACUGGAAGCUGGGCGUGUCCAGCCUGGUCCUGUACCUGCUGUUCGCCACGCUGUCCAUCCUGUACGAGCUGGGCAUCAUCGGGAACAGCCCGGUGCGGUCCUGUGACGACUGAACCGCGCGCGGGACACGGCCGACGGGCUUCAGCUGGCCUCAUCAACUCCACACCCGCUUCACCUCAGCGCUCUAACGGCAGCUUAGUCCACACCGGGGCUGCGGAACAGGCCAGAGCAGGAAGGGCCGCAAGACAGGGUAAUAAAGACAAACCUCAAAACUU